AUGGCCAAGUUGUUCUCUUCCGUUCUCAUCUUCCUCUUCCUGCUCCCCCUCGCACUCGCCGACCUCAGGCUUGGCUUCUACAGCAAAUCCUGCCCUUCUGCAGAGGCCAUCGUCCGUCGUAUUGUGCAGAACCGUUUCAGAAGUGAUAGAUCCGUUACCGCCGCCCUCCUUCGCAUGCACUUCCAUGAUUGCUUUGUCAGGGGAUGUGACGCCUCCAUACUAAUAGAUCCGAAGGGUGGAAAGGGAUCCGAGAAACAGGCCGGACCCAAUACGUCGGUUCGAGGAUAUGAGGUGAUCGAUGAGAUAAAGAGAGCCUUGGAAAAAGCCUGUCCAAACACAGUUUCGUGCGCAGAUAUCAUAACACUGGCUACAAGGGACUCGGUCGCUCUAGCGGGAGGACCCUCAUACAAAGUUCCCACGGGACGCCGAGAUGGCCUGGUGUCUAAUCCCAACGAAGUGAAUCUUCCCGGACCUUCGGACUCGGUGUCACAGGCACUCCGAUCCUUCACAGCAAAAAGAAUGACGUUGAGCGAAAUGGUGGCACUCUUGGGAGGUCACACGGUGGGCUUCACUCACUGCAACUUCGUUCGAGGUCGGUUGUCCAGCUUCGGAUCUCGGGAUCCUGCCAUGGACUCUGCUUUGGAUACUAAGCUGGGCAGAACCUGUGGGUCAUCGAGCAGGCCGGCGGCGAACAAUCCGCGAGUGUUUUUGGAUCAAAACACGUCAUUCGUUUUCGAUAACGAGUACUAUAAACAGAUCCUUAAGAAGAAAGGAGUGCUUAAGAUCGACCAGAACUUGGCUGAUGACGCAUCUUCCAGAGGCAUUGUUUCGGGUUUUGCAGGCAACGGUGGUAGCUUUAUGCAGAGUUUUGCAAAUGCCAUGAUCAAGAUGGGAAGCAUUGAUGUUUUGGUUGGAAACGCUGGAGAGAUCAGGAAGAAUUGCAGGGCUUUUAAUCAAUAAUGAUCCAAGAUUCUGCUUUUAUUGGGGCGCCGGGGGUUUCUUUAAUUAUUUUGUUUUUCACAUGACUUGAGUG